AUGAGUGAUAUAUAUGUGGUUAUUCAUAUUGUCACCACUUGUGAUGAUACAACAACUUAUGUAACCAAAGAUUCCACUGAAUUAAUUGAACUUUCUUGGGUUGUACUUGAUGCAGAAACUUUAGACAAUAUUCAUACAGAUACAAUCCUUGUACGUCCAGUUAAUACUCCAAUCACUCCAUAUUGUUCACGACUUCAUAAUAUUUCUUGGGAACAUGUUAGAAAUGCUGGUUCAUUUAAAGAUGCAAUUUCAAAAUUUGAUAAAUAUAUUCAAGAGAGUAUUAUUUCUCAAGGUAAAGAUUUCUCGUUGGUUACACUUGAUGUUAGUACUUUAAGAGUUCAAUUACCUCGUGAAGCAAGAGAUAAAGGUGUAGUAUUACCUCCAUAUUUACAACAUCCAAGAGUAUUUGAUCUUCGUACUGAAUAUUCUAGAUGGCAAUCUACUCACCCAGAGUCAUUAUCAUACACUGCAUCUUCUUUAUCAAAUAUAGUUACUGCAUUGGAAGUUGAGAUUGAAAAUAUCGAAGAUUUUUUAUCUGGUCCAAAUUCUUCAUCUUCCACUCCUCCACCUACACAACAACAGCAAAUGAACUUUGAUCAACAGCAACAACAACAGCAACCAGCGCAAACCAUUUCAGGUGAUCUGGAAACCAAGUCAAAGGGUGCCGCAAUUUUAUAUUCGAAAAUUGCCACACAAUUAAUUAGAAAAUCAAUGCCAUUUGAAGAAAAUCCAACUGUUUUCACAAAACCUUAUGAUUCAGCUCAGGAUGUAAGAGCAUUCUUAACCGAAAGAUCUAAAAUUCUUUAUCUUUCAAACUUACCCAGCGAUACUACCCAAUCAGAAUUAGAAUCUUGGUUUACUCAAUAUGGAGGUAGACCAGUUGCAUUUUGGACAUUAAAGAAUUUAGAAGACAAUAACAAAAACAAUAAUCAAGCUAACCCAAACUAUAGAAGAGGCAUUUCUGGAUUUGCAGUUUUUUCAACUCAUGAAGAAGCAACAGAAUCAUUAUCUAUGAAUGGUCGGGCAUUAAUUGAUCGUAUAAUUGAAGUUCAACCAUCUUCCACAAGAGUCUUGGAUAAAGCUAAUGAUUUAUUAACUCCAUUCCCAUCUUCUAAAAAUAGACCAAGACCAGGCGAUUGGACUUGUCCAUCUUGUGGAUUUUCAAACUUCCAAAGAAGAACUCAUUGUUUUAGAUGUUCAUUCCCUGCGUCAAGUGCUGUGGCAAUUCAAGAAUCCAUUUAUUCUAAUACUCCAAAUUCUGCCAAUGGUGGAAGUGGAGGUGGUAGUGGUGGUGGUGUUAAUAUUCGUCGUAAUAAUAGUCAACCUGGACAACAUGGUGGUCAACAGCAACAGGAUAAAUUAAAUGGCCAUCAUCCAGUUAAUGCUGCAGCUUCUGUAUUGAAUCAAACUGGAUAUAACAACUAUCACGACAAUCAAGGAAGCCAUGGUCAAUUACAACAACAGCAACAACAUCAAAACUAUGGUAAUCAAGGUAACUACUCUGGAAACCAAAACAACAACGCCGGAGGAAGUGGUAAUACAGGCAACAGCAAUCAAAACAACAAUCCUCAUGGAAACCGUUCCCACUAUAACAAUAGUGUCCCCUUCAGAGCUGGGGAUUGGAAAUGUGAACUCUGUGUUUAUCACAACUUUGCCAAAAACUUGUUUUGUUUAAAAUGUGGAGCUGCAAAACCAAUCAUGACUUCCAACACUCCACAUCAAACGAACGCCAUGCAUUCUGUCAACUCCACCGCGGCUGCAAUCGCCGCAGCUACUGCCAGUGGACAGCCUUUGAAUUUGAAUAGUGGGUUUAUGGGAUUACAGCAACCGCAACCACAUCAUGCCUAUGGUGGUAGCCAAGCGAAUGUUGGUCAAGGAGGACCUGGUCAAGGACAACAACAACAACAACAACGUCCUGGGGGAAUGAGAACUAAUUCAUUGGGAUCGUCGGGAUAUGUCAAUCAACAGAAAUUUCAUUAUAAUCAAUUACGUUCAAGCAGUAAUAGUGGAACUCCAAACCAGAUCUUAUCUCAACAAAUCCCCUUGUAUCAACAACAACAGCAACAACAAGGACAAGCUCAGGGAUAUUCUCAAUCAGUUGGGAAUUCUCCAGGGUUAUAUCCGAAAUAUACCGGUGGAUCAUAUCAACCACAACAACCACAGCAGAAAAUGCCCGGAUCUGCUCCUGGAUCAGCUGGUGAUGCGACAAUGGGUAACUUCGCUUCUUUGAGUAAUCAAAUGAAUACGUUGAGUUUGAACCAUUGA